AUGUCAGAGUCCUCUUCCUCAUCUCUCAUCAGUAUGUCAAGCCAUAAUUCGGCCAUCGUCUAUCCCAGUGUUCCUCCAACUGAAGAGGAUCCGCGGGCUCGUAUCAAUGUCAUGAUUGACAUCUUUAACGCGGGCCUGUCAUCUCGCGCGAGCGGCAAGCUAGACAGAGGCUUGUACCACGAGAUCUUCACCGCAUACAAGCUCGUCCAGGACUAUAAGAUCAUGCAUGGCAGCCAGAUCUCCAGACCCCUCACUGAUGCAGAAAAGCGAGAUGGUCUGAAUGGCAGCUCGCAAAUGAUCACUGUUCCUUUGCAGGGCAACAAGUACCGAGAGCUGGACAUGGUCUACAACGAAGGCGGGACUACUUACAUCGUCGAGGCUAAGAACACCAAGACCGUUGAUCACAGCCAGCUCCAGCCCAAUAUUCAAUUGGCACAGCAAAUCCAAGGAGCCUUGGUGUAUGCGAUCGGCGAAAAGGAUGGUCAGGAACGGGCUCUCAAAGAGGCAUAUAAAAAGCUCCAAGAUCAACACCAGUCCAGCAGUACUGGAAGCUUCCCUCCUUUGAAUGUCCUGCGAAUUCCUGACAAAGUUUCUAACAUCAUGUCGGAUAACAAGCCGAUGAGUCUGCUGUCGCUCUCUUCCACGUUUCAGGUUUCCCAGUUCAACAUUGCUGAGGUCACAGGGGAGUUUGAUCACGAAGAACGUGGGUUUUCCUUAUUUAGAUAG